AUAGCCCUUUGUGAUUUUCACUGACCACCAAAACAAACCAACCCAAUAAACCCAGUGGUUCUUCUCUCCAAGUCAGACUGUGACUGUGACCCAGUCUUCCUUCUCUUCCGGAGCUCCGAUUCUCUCUCAGGUUGCUGCUGCAUUUUAAUUACAGCGGAAAUGGGGAGUUUGGAGUUAGAUCAUAGCUCUGACGAGGAUACAGAUAUGAGUGACUCGGAAUUGGAUGAGGAGGUAGAACAGUAUCUUGAAGAGCUGAAGAAUGGGAAGCACAUGGUGAAAGGUGGGGAGGGGAUAUUUAUGUGCCCCUUCUGCCAGAGGAAGAGGAAGCGGGAUUUUAAUUUAAAGGACCUGCUCCAACAUGCUUCUGGGGUGGGAAAGAGUAAUUCAGACAAGAGAAGCUCGGAGGAGAAGGCCAAGCACUUGGCUUUGACAAAAUAUUUGGAAAACCACCUAGUAGCUGAAGCUGGUCCAUCCAAAUCUGUGGCUGAGGAUGAACCCCCAGUCGAUUGUGACCAGGAUGAAAAGUUUGUGUGGCCUUGGGUGGGGGUUGUGGCCAAUAUCCCGACCAGACGAGCAAAUGAUGGGAGAUUCGUAGGAGAAAGUGGAUCCAAGCUGAGAGAUGAGUAUAUAAGGAGAGGGUUCAAUCCCACCAGAGUUCAUCCUCUAUGGAAUUUUAGGGGUCACUCAGGAAGUGCUAUUGUGGAAUUUAAGAAAGAUUGGCAUGGUUACUACAAUGCUAUGGCUUUUGAGGGGGCUUAUGAGGCAGAACGUCACGGAAAAAAGGACUGGUUUGCUACUGGUGACCAAAAAUCUGGUCUCUAUGCUUGGGUUGCCCGUAGUGACGACUACAAAGCCAACAAUAUAGUUGGAGAGCACCUCCGUAAGAUUGGAGAUCUUAAAUCUAUACCUGAAAUUAUGGAGGAAGAAGCCAGGAAGCAGAGUAGUCUAGUAUCUAAUCUGACAAGUAUUAUAGAGGACAAGAACAAGGAUUUGGAAGAGAUGGAGCUGAAAUGCAAUGAAACUACAAGUGCAAUUAAGAGUGUAAUCAAUGAGAAAGAUAAGCUUGUACAGGCUUACAAUGAAGAUAUUAAAAAAAUCCAAGUAAGUGCACAGGAGCACUUUAAGAGGAUUUUUAAUGACCACCAGAAACUCAAAUUGCAGUUGGAAUCCCAAAAGAAAGAGCUUGAAUCGCAUAUAGAACAAAUGGAGCAGCGUGCUGCAGAUAACGAAAGUGAAAGUAGAAAGCUUGCUGAGGAGAUUGAAAAGAAUUCCGUGAAAAAUUGUUCUCUUCAAUUGGCUGCUGCAGAGCAAGUGAAAGCUAAUGAUAAUUUAUUGAAACUGGCUGAAGAUCAGAAGAGGGAGAAGGAGGAGCUCCAUAAGAAAAUAAUUAAACUGGAGAAGGACCUGGAUACAAAGCAAGCACUUGAAUUACAAAUUGAGCAACUAAGAGGGAAUGUAAAUGUUGUAAGGAGCAUGGGAGAUGAUGGUGAUGCUGAAGUGUUGAAAAAGGUAGACACAAUGUUGAAAGAUAUGAGCGAAAAGGAAGGUGAACUUGAAGAUUUAGAAGCUUUAAAUCAAACUCUAAUUGUAAAGGAGCGUAAGAGCAAUGAUGAGCUGCAGGAUGCUCGAAAGGAACUGAUAAAUGGUCUGAAAGAAUUAGACACGUCCAAUGGUGCUCAAAUUGGUAUUAAAAGAUUGGGAGAGCUCAACAAGAAACCAUUCCUAGAAGCAAUGAGGAGAAAGUACAAGUAUAAUGUGGAGGAAGCUGAAGACAAGGCCGAAGAGCUUCGUAUUUUGUGGCAAGAAUAUCUCAGAGAGCCAGAAUGGCAUCCCUUUAAAGUUAUUUCAGCGAAAGGAGGACACAAGGAAAUUAUAAAUGGAGAUGAUGUGAGAUUGAAACGCUUGAAGGAUGAAUUGGGUAAUGAUGCCUAUAAUGCUGUAACUUCAGCUUUAAUGGAGAUAAACCAAUACAAUCCCAGUGGGAGGUAUAUAACUGAAGAAUUGUGGCACCAUGGUUACGGACGACAGGCUACACUGAAAGAGGGAGCUGCAUAUAUUCUGAAGGAAUGGAAACAGAAGAAACAGCGAUUGGAUAUGGACUAAAGCUGGCUGAAUGCUGAAUAUGGUAAGCAAGAUGGCUUCUCCAGACGCAGAUGACUGAAUAAACUCUUCCAGCCCUAUGUUCAGUCCUAAGGUCUCACUGGUAGUUCUCACCAGCAGCAGCAAAGCUGUAUUUCAUUUCAAUAAGAUGUAAUCAUUUGUUGAGUCGAUGAACUUAUCUCUACUUUCAAGUAUUAAUAAAACCGUAUAUGGGAACUAUUAUACUGACCCAAUAUGGACGGUACAGUUGUUCCCAACCUCUUAUUUGAACUCUUAGUCUCCAAGAAAACCAUUAGCUUUCACAUGUUUGUUUAUACCUCGGUCAUCAUUUCGGUUGUAUCAGUAUCAGUAGGUGUGCUAAUAAAUCAUCACUUUGCAAACU